CAUGAAAACGCAGCAAUCUGUAUCAGAAGUGAAUUUGUCAUACGUUCGAAAAUCGUUAGCCACGAUAACCGGUUUUUACGGAUCCUUGUGAAGUUCGUCGCCGAGGUUCAGUACCAUGAUCAAUGGUACUGUCGUUUAUUUCGCCAUUUCACUCGCCUCGAUGUUGUUCUCUUUCGGAAUCGCGGCUUCAGCGCAACAAUGCUCCUCGUUCUGCGUGUGCGACACUUGGUACGAUUUGGAACGCGCUUCUUGCGUGGGCCGCCAUCUUUACAACAUACAUACAGGUGCGCCGGACAAUGUACAGGCACUGGACUUAUCGGAUAACGUGAUAUCAGUUUUAACCAGUUUCGAGUUAGCGAAUAUUGGAUUCACGAGACUGAAAUACCUUAAUCUUUCCAAAAAUGCGAUCAGCGAAAUUGAUCUGAACGCUUUCGAUGGACUUACAGAUUUAAUGGUCAUGGAUUUAUCAAGAAACAGGCUUAAUGACAUUUCCGCAGAAGUCUUCGAGAGAAAUAAAAAUCUACGAAUUUUAAAAUUGUCGAAAAAUAAUUUCAAGUCGCAUAUACCGAAGUUACGAUCCUCUUCGUUAACGGAGCUAAGUUUGGAUUCAUGUCAAAUUAGUCAUUUACCUCUAGACACGUUCAACGGACUCAAGCACCUUCGUCGUCUCGAUCUUGCAAACAAUUUGAUGAUUCAGAUGAACGCUAUUGCCGUGCAAACGCUGCAUUUUUUGCAGAAAUUGUCAUUGGAAGGAAAUCCGUGGUCCUGCGACAAAAUUAUGGUCGAUCUGCAAAUGUAUCUCAGAAAUAAUGGCAUCGAGUUCGAUGAAAUUUGCAGUAAGAAAGGGAACGUACGAAAGUUUGAGAAGAUGAUCGUUCUUCCUACAAUGACACGCAAUUACCAUCGCUCGAAAGUUGCAAAUCCCAAGGAAACUAAGCAACGAACAAAUCGAAUCGAAAUGGAGUCUAAUAUACUAAACAACAAAACUCUGUCAACGUGUCAAGAAACCGCAAGUCCAACGCCUGUUACCGAUUCGGAAGAUAAUUAUUCUGUAGCAUAUUGGUUUCUUAUUCUUGGCUUUAUACUUGGUAUUUUGAGCAGGCUAGUUAUUUCUUAUAUUUGGUUAUUGGGAGUGUAUUUGUGUAACCGGAGAUAUAGCGUUGAACGAUUUAACAGCGGAUUCAUAAUCUCUCGAGAACAGUCUUUGCUGUCGUUGAACGGACGCAUGGAAAACGAUGGAAGCCUGUCAGAAUUUUACCCAAAUACUCCUCCGCCGGCCUAUCGGGAUGUUAUGCUACAACCAAGCCUCUAUCGUUACCCAUCGAGAGUUUCAAAUUUAAAUAGAGACAGAUAGAAGAUACCUUAUUGUUGCAACGCGACUGAAAUAAUUGGAAACGUACAUCACUGUACCAUUUAUUCAAGUUAAAGUUCCAAUUUCAUUCAUACGUUAUAUAUUCUUCAUGUAACUUUGUUUAAGAAUGAUUUGUAUAUCCAUACAUUUGUUGUUAUGCAUCCUAUAUUAAUGUUGAUAACGAGGUUAUCGUCCAAUAAUAUUUUAAUUAAUUUUGUAUGUUACAUAUUCUUCAUGUAACACUGUCCAAGAAUGACAUAUCUAUACAGUCGUUACUAUGCAUUUUGUAUUCACGUUGAUAACGAGGUUAUCGUUCAGUAAUGAUGAUUAAAUUAACGAAUUAUUUUAUUUAUUUUAUAGAAAACGAAAAUAAUGAAUAAAAAUAACGAAAAUAAAUUCAGCAAAUUAAUUGGCAAAUUCAGUAAAUUAACAACUAAUCACGAAAUAUAUCAUGAACACAAACGCGUAUGUAUCUUUCAUUAACAAGAGUAAUAUUUAUUAACAAGAAGAAUACACAAGUAACACGUAUAUAUAUAUAUAUAUAUAUAUUAAUAAUGCAAAAAUAUAAAGUCAAAGAGUACAUAAUCUAAAAUGCAUCUUUUUUUUCUGUUUUAUCAUUUAUGUUACAGUAUAUUACACAUUGGAAAGAAUUAAUCUUUCAGUGGAACUAAAAUACAAAAAUAAUGUUUUCAAUACAACGAUAAUUUAAGUACAAUCAUUGUGAUUGUUCGUCGGGUUUAAUCAUUGCGUAGCAAUCAUAUUACUUUUAUCUACAGUUUGACUCGUGUUCAGCGUUACAGUUUUACAACCGAUCGCGGUUAUUAUAUUUUCCAUUACUUCGUGAUCGUAUCUCGAGCCACGUAAAUUAGUUAUCACGCUCACGUCUUCGUUAAAGUCUCUCGAUACCAAAUCGGCUGGCAAUUUCAUCUUAAUUUCUUCAAUGAUGCCGUUUUCAAUUUCUAGCACCAAAUUGAAUCGAUGGAUUUUGUUGUCUUCGGCAGGCACAUCUACAACACGUGUUACCAUGAAUUUCGGUGUUUUACCGUAAUUCCAUUCCCAGGAACGAAACUCGCUUAUUAAUUUGUCCAAUCCUGAAAACAGUAAGAAGUAUAAAACACAGUGUCACUUGUUCCCUCCUAGUGUCGCGAACCGUAUGAUAAGCAAUUUAAUAAAUAUUAUCGGCACGAGAAUGAUUAAAUACACGAAA